AUGAGCAGGAGGGAUUUGCAAAUUGGCACCUUUCUGAUGGUGCCCAAAUGCAGACAGACCUUCAGUCCAAGACCUGCUUUAGCUAGAAACACCAUGCUGGCUGAAGUGGUGGAGAAACUGAAGAAGACUGAACUUCCUGCUGACUGUUACGCUGGAGCUGGAGAUGUGCAGUGUGACGUCUGUACUGGAAGAAAAUGCAAAGCCGUCAAGUCCUGUCUGGUGUGUCUGAACUCUUACUGUCAGAAUCACCUCGAACAACAUGAGAGUUUCUUUAAAGGAAAGAAACACAGUUUGACUGAAGCCACUGGACGACUGCAGGAGAUGAUCUGCUGUGAACAUGAUAAACAUCUGGAAAUGUACUGUAUCACUGACCAACGUUGCAUUUGUGUGCUGUGUAUGAAAUAUGAACAUAAAAACCACAACACUGUAUCAGCUGCAGCACAGAGAACAGAAAUACAGAAACAGCUUAAGGAGACGCAGAAGAUGUUUCAGCAGAGAAUCCAGCAGAGGGAGAAAGAUCUUGAGCAGCUGAGAGAGGCUGUGGAGUCUCACAAGCGCUCUGCACAGACAGAAGUGGAGGAGAGUGAGAGGAUCUUUACUGAGCUCAUCCGCUCCAUUGAGAGAAGCCGCUCUGAGCUCAUACAGCUGAUCAGAGAUCAGGAAAAGCGCACAGUGAGUCGAGAUGAAGGACGACUGGAGCGACUGGAGCAGGAGAUCAAUGAUCUGAGGAGGAGAGACGCUGAGCUGGAGCAGCUUUCACACACACAGGAUCACAUCCAGUUCCUGCAGAGUUUCCAGUCUCUCUUAGCACCUCCUGAAUCUACAGACAGUGGAAAUGGAAAUAAUGGAAAUGACAAUCCUUCCAGUUCUCUCUUCUCUUUUGAUGGCCUGAGAGAAUCUGUCCGUCAGCUGAGAGACAAACUGGAGGAUUUCUGCAAAGAGGAGAUCAAAAAGGUCUCUGACAGAGUCACAUUAACCAACAUUGUUCCGAAGACCAGGAACGACUUCCUACAAUAUUCCCAUCAGCUCACUCUGGAUCUGAACACAAUAAAUAAACAUCUCCGUCUGUCUGAGAGGAACAGAGUGAUUGCUAACACUGUAAAAGCGCAGCUGUAUCCUGAUCAUCCUGACAGAUUUGAUCAGUGGUUUCAGGUGUUUUGUAGAGAGAGAGUGUGUGGACGCUGUUACUGGGAGAUUGAGUGGAGUGGUGAUGUGUUUAUAUCAGUGUCAUAUAAGAGCAUCAACAGGAAGGGAUUGGGCCAGGAGUGUGUGUUUGGACGUAAUGCUAAGUCCUGGAGUUUGAUCUGCACUCCCUCCAGAUAUUCAUUCAUUCACAAUACCAUUGAGACUGAACUCCCUAAAGUGUCCAGCCAUAGAAUAGGAGUGUAUGUGGAUCCCAGUGCAGGAACUCUGUCCUUCUACAGCGUCUCUGACACAAUGAGCCUCGUCCACACCGUCCAGACCACAUUCACUCAGCCGCUCUAUCCUGGGUUUAGGGUUGGUUCUGGGUCAUCAGUAAAACUGUGUUGAUGAAUCAGAAGAGACUGAUGAGAGAUUCUACCCAUAAUGC